AUGCCUCCUUUCCCCAUGCCACCCCACGAUAUCUGGAGCCAGGACGCCUUCCAGCACCCGUCCUACAACCCGACACCGAUCCCCCGUCGGCCCCACCCCAAGCCCCAGGCCGGCGCAAGCAGCAGCAGCAACAGCAGCAGCAGCACCCGCGCCAACGUCAACACCCGGUCCUCUGAACCUGGCCCUAGCGACGCUGUUACAAAGGAGUUCUUCAAGCACUCGAGUGCCAAACGCGUCAACACCGAUGCCCUCAUUUCAAAGGCCCUCAAGGAACAGUAUCCCCAUCUCGAGCUCGUCGUAGUUCCAGAGUCCCUUGGCUACGGCAACGGCUGCAACCUUCUCGCCUACGCCCAAGGCGGCCACGCCACGUUCGAGGUCAUCGAUGACAAGGAUGGCAGCAACCUGCCUUCGUCCCUGGACUGGCUGCUGUACCUGCCCCCCUCCCGGCGCAUGGACGGCAACCUCGGCGGUCUGGCUACGAUCACGAAUUUCGGCAAGUACCUCUACAAAUGGCAGGGCCACGAGUUCAUCGUCUACCUCGUGGACGGGCGCGACGGCGUCAUGCCCUACCCGAUCAAGAACUACUACAUCCUCGCGCCGCAAACCUACCACGUCGACCAGCUCGUCCUGUCCGCAGGGAAAUGGAGCAGUGACCUCCACGAAGAGGUGUGGGUGUUUGACCAGGGGUACUGGCAAAAGAGCCACGAGCUGUUCAAGAGCUUCCGCGAUGCUUCGUGGGAGAACGUCAUCCUGGACGCGGACAUGAAGAAGGCGCUCAUCGAGGAUCACCUGUCCUUCUACAACUCAAAGGAGACGUACCAAAGCCUGAAGGUACCGUGGAAGCGUGGGCUCAUUUACUAUGGGCCGCCGGGCAAUGGCAAGACCAUAUCGAUCAAGGCUACGAUGAACAUGCUCUUCCAGAAGGAUAUCCCGACUCUCUACGUGCGCACGUUGGCUUCCUUCAUGGGGCCAGAGUACUCCAUUCAGCAGAUCUUUGGCAAGGCUAGAGAGUAUGCGCCGUGCUACCUCGUGCUGGAGGAUCUCGAUACCAUUGUCUCCGAUGACGUGAGGAGUUAUUUCCUGAAUGAGAUGGACGGUCUCAAGGCCAACGAUGGAAUAUUUAUCAUUGGCAGCACCAACCAUCUCGACCGCCUUGACCCCGGCAUCUCUUCGUGUAUCCACAAGGUCGAGAGCGCUGACACGCAGCAGAAACGUCCAUCCCGCUUCGACAGGAAAUACUUCUUCCCCGACCCCAACCUCGAGCAGCGCAUCGCCUACUGCCACUUCUGGCAGAACAAGCUCAAGAGCAACAAAGAAAUCGACUUUCCCGACCAGCUUUGCGAGGCCAUUGCCAAGAUCACUGACAAGUUUAGCUUCGCCUACAUCCAAGAGGCCUUUGUGGCUGCCCUGCUUGCCAUUGCGCGACGCUCAGACCACCGCGGUAGUAGGAAGCUAGACAGCGUCGAGGCUUUGACGGAGCAGCUUGAGGAUGAUUGGCUUGGGGUUGUCAAUGAUGCUGAGGACGAUGGCGACUUGAAAAAGUUGACGUUGUGGGUCGAGAUUAAGAAACAGAUUGAGAUCUUGAGGGAUGGUAUGGAGGAGAAGAACUAG